AUGCAGAAUCUAGACGAGCUUCUGCGUCAGAUGGUGAGGGUAUUCAGGAGAGAAUGUCACCGAGUCCACCAGUCAGAGAGGACCAGCAUUCAUGGGGCAGAUGCCAUGCUCCUGGUGCUCCAGCUUGCGAUGGCAGAGGUUAACAAAAGGCAACGUGGAGAGUUCAUGGUGACCCUAAAAUAUAAGUCCUUCCUCAAAGUUUCAAACUCUGUGGAUCUGCUGGAUAUUUACUCAAUGUACAAAGAUCUGAAAGUGGAUUCAGAUCCGGAGGUUUCCUUAAAUGAUACCCAGCUUUCUGAGUAUUUAUCUGGAAACCCCAAAGUGGCUCAGACUGAGGUUUCUUCCACACAAUCUACACCAUCAACCCCACUGAGCACAGCAAGGAGAUGCAGCUCACAAAUGAAAGCUGCUGUGAGACGUGUUUUCUGCUCAUAUCUGAGUUUACUGGUCAAUGCCAAGAAUGACCUGGCUAUAGCACUUACUCUUGAUGUCCCAACUCGCAGUCUUGGACGAGAUGCCUUUACAAGCAUCAAACAUGCUGCCCGUGAUGACAAUACCUCUCUGUUUCUGGCUGUUACAUCCUUUGUGAGAGCUAUCCAACUCGGAGGCAAGGGUUACGCCCCAGCAGAAUCUCAUCCAUUAAGGAAACAUAUUAAAGGCCUAUCUAACUUUGUGCAAGUCAUAGACAAUUUGGAGGAAAUAGUUGGAGAGAUCCCAGACCCAAGUUUGUGUUGUACUAGACUUGUGACUGCGAUCAGAGCACUUCUUGUGAAGGGACGCAACAGUGGAGAUCCUGUGUACAUGGCAGCUGACAAGACCGCAAACGAGUUAAAGGAAAGAAUCUUACAGUUGCACCAGAGACGGACUGCUAACGAGUGCUCGACUGGGAUAAGUCCUGCCAGACCAAAAGCAUACGCGAUCAACCAUGCUACGGCAUUUGGAGGACGGGACACUGUUAAGCUGCUCAUGGCGUUAUUGGACGAAGAAGCCUUGACUGCUCCUUGUUCCAAUAAAGCUGAUUUGUUGUCAGAGGACCAGCCUGUACUCAAUGGAGAAGAGGGCAUCUGUGUGCUCACGUUGUACAGAUCUCCUGAAGUGUCCACAGGAUGCUCUCCAGUUUCUUUAACAAACCGGGUCCAAAGCCGACUGGAACUGCUUAAACCUGAGGUUAAAGGAAAAGUUAUUAGAUCUCAAUUUGCCUGCACCUACAUUGAGGACGAGUUGCCACUGAACCGUGUUCUGGAGUUCCCUAGUACCAGUCAGGUACCAUCAUGUAUUCACCCAGCUCCCAAACCCAGGGAGAUGUCAAUGGAGGAGGGCCUCCACAGCAGAGAGAGUGCAGACUCUCAAGAACCUGAGAUUAGUAACUUGCGACAGCCGGCUAUGCUGGCAGUGAAGGCUGGAAAUGCCCAUAAAAGCGUUGCUGGGCCAGGCAAAAAAAGGAAAACUGGCAUUGACGUUCAAAUUAAGACCAACAAGAGGAAGCGGGUGGAGACUGACCAGCCUGGAGGGUCAGAAAAUAAGCCUCCAAAUGAGAAACCUCCCACUGCAGUGAAAAAACCUGGUAAAGCCAUCAGCAAGAAUACCAAUAAAAAGUUGAUAGCUGGACAGGGCAAGCUUACAAACUUCUUCAGACUGUAA